AUGGUAGUGCAGAAACCACUAUACGGGAUCCCUGAAGCCGGAACCUAUUGGUGGGCAACGUACCACAAGUACCACCGGGAGAAGCUCGAGAUGGUUAUAUCGACCUACGACCCAUACUUAUUGAUCUCGACAGCAAAGGAAGCUUUCGGUAUUGUUAGAAUGCAAACUGAUGACACUCUGAUUUUGGGAUUAAACGAGUUUGCUAUGCUCGAAGAGAAGGAAUUGGCAGAAAUAAAGUUUAGCGCAAAACCUAGGGAUACUCUAUCUCCAGAGAACGCGCUAAUAUUUAAUGGCUGUAUUCUAACUCAAAAGGAAGGAGACGUUACCAUUGAAUUACGCCAGAAGGAGCAAGGCAAGAAGCUCAAGCUUAUUGACUACAGAUCCAGGGACUUCAAACACGUUUACAUGGAAUAA